GGCAGCACAAGUAGUAUUGCUGUGUGAAUUACACUUUGUUUUUAAAGGUCGCGGUUACAAUGUUUGUACCUGCAAACUCGAAAUGGGUGAUAUCAAAACGUCGUGAGUGCGAUUAAACUGUUCUGCAGCACAUAACGUUCAUAUACAAACAAUUAGCGAAACCAUGCGAUUGUUUUUUUUAAAAAAUGCUGCGGACAGCGUACUACUAAGCGCUAGUUAAGAAUGAAUUACAUUGGAAUACUGUAUACAUGUGAUUACAGUAGCAGCUUGGGAAACACAUCGGAUGGAAGUGCCAAAUUAAGAACUCCCCAACUACAACCCGACUGUGUUUUAUGUGAUAUAAUUCAGAAGACCAACAAUAAAAAAAAGAGAAAUGUCCAGUAGUCUCUGGAUAGAGAUAAAACCAGUCUUGCCAGCCUCCAAAGCAGAGUUUGCAUUGGACUUCAGCGAGAAGAUAGACACGAGCCUGGUCUCACUGCUUCAGGAAGCCAGGGAGCUGCUGUAUGGGGGUGCAGACGCUGCUGCAGAAUGCCUGCAGACCAGUCAGAUCAUACUCGACUACUCCUGGGAGAAACUGAACACGGGGACCUGGAGGGAUGUGGAUAAGGAGUGGAGGAGGGUUUACUCGCACGGCUGUCUCUUUAAGGCAGCAUGUCUCUGUCGGGCAGGGGCAUCUCAGGACACUGUUGCUGAAGCCAUCAGGACCUGUGAUCUGGGACUGUUGAUGGGAGCCUCAAUAAUGGACAACGUCCUUGGAAGACUGAUCAACGUCCUACAGAAACAUGUUCCUGUGAGAAAGAGGGCAUUGAAAGAUGAAGAUGAAAGCGGAAAGAAACCAAGAACAGUUGUGACACCAGGAAUUAAACCAGAAGCAGCAGUUUCCAGAAUUCAUUGCCCUUCGCUGGAGCUCUUCAGAACGAAUUACUUGAUUCCUCAGAAACCUGUUAUAGUACAAGGUGUCAUAGAGCACUGGCCGGCCUUAAAGGAGCAUCAGUGGAGCAUUGGCUACAUCCGUCAAGCCGCCGGGUGUACAGACCCUGACAGGACCUCACCGAAUAACUACACAAUAUUCAGAUCCCAUCUAUAUCUUUGUUUCACUCAUUGGCAGGACAGAGAGAGUGGCAUGGGAUACUUGGCUCAACAUCAGCUCUUUGAUCAGAUACCGGAACUAAAGCAGGACAUCUGUAUUCCAGACUACUGCUGUCUGGGAGAGGGAGACGAAGAGGACAUAACUAUAAACGCCUGGUUUGGGCCAGGAGGGACUGUCUCUCCCCUACACCAGGAUCCCGAGAACAACUUUUUAGCACAGGUAGUCGGAAGCAAGUAUAUUCGCUUGUACUCUCCAGAUGAAACUGAAAAGUUGUAUCCCCACCAGAGUCAACUGCUUCACAAUACUAGCCAGGUGGAGGUUGAAAACCCAGAUUUGCAGCGGUUUCCAGAUUUUGCGAAGGCCCAGUUUCAGGAAUGUGUUCUCCACCCAGGAGAAGUUCUUUUUAUCCCUGUGAAGUACUGGCAUUAUGUGCGAUCCCUUGAUAUCAGCUUCUCUGUCAGUUUUUGGUGGUCUUGACAAACGCUACUAAGAGACAUAAUAGUGGUUUGUUAAUAAAGUGUUUCAUCACUGACCUUUGUUUGAACUUCAGUAAGAGGAACUAUUUGGUGACAGUUAUUGGUGUAAUAAAGUGAUUUUAUGGUUUUAUGGUGAUUUUAUGGUUAUAGUCAGUUGGUAUAUUAACUUGCACAAGGGCUGCUUGCCUGUCAAGGCUGUUGCUAAUUGCUGGGCCAUAAAAAAAAUUAAAAAACAGUUGGAAGUCCUUGUGGCUGGCUUGAGGAAAUUUAAAAGCAUUUGACCCCUUGCAGAUUUAAGUUUGGUGAUGAUGACUUUGACCAGCAGUCUGUAAAUGUUAUUACAACAAAGAUAUGAAAAUGUAAUGCUAUUAUAUUUUAAUGUACCUGGAUACUGAAUCACAAUAAAAACACCAGAUGUCUUUUGAAGUAUGCUUAAUUCUUAUUUUUCUUCCACACUUUGUGAAAUAACAUUCCCAUUAAAC